GAGAGAGAUGAGGGCAGGAGUGUGCUGAGGGCCUACCACCGACUUUCCCCUCGGAGGGCAAGUCCUAACAGCAGGCAGACAGGUGGGGCUGACCUGACAGGUUCCAGAAGCCAGGGGCAAUGAGGCGGAGCUUAGCACUCUGACUUAGGGCGGCAACGUGUUGGGGGCCCCGUCACACACGGGGUGGACAGGCAGGAGACGGGUUUGCUGGUAUCUUCUUCCUGCUGUAGCCAGCCCAGGACAGAGGCCAUGGAGACCGUUGGAGGGUGACAGCAGCCAGGUGGACAGGCAUGUUCGGAGGCCUAAGGCCUGGGAGUCCGGGAGCCCAGGGUAUGGCAGGAUCCCUGCGGGGCAGGGUGGAGGAGCUGAAGCGGCCUUGGUGGCGGGAGAGCUCACCACUGGUGCUUCAGCACAGCGAGGCCGCCCGGCUGGCAACCGAUGCCCUUCUGGAGCGGGGCGAGGCUGCCUACCUGCAAGUCAUCUCUGAGGAGCGGGAACUGCCCUUCUUGAGCGCCCUGGAUGUGGACUACAUGACCAGCCAUGUGCAUGGGGGUCCUGAGCUUGGCGUGGCCCAGGGACUGGAGGCCUCAGGGCCCGACCGCCUCAGCCUGAUCUCCGAAGUCACUUCGGGCACUUACUUUCCCAUGGCCUCUGACACAGAACCCCCAGACCUGGACUUGGGCUGGCCUGAGGUUCCACAGGCCACGGGCUUCGGCCCCACCCAGGCUGUGGUUCACUUCCAACGGGACAAGACCAAGAACAUCAAAGACCUUCUGCGUUUCCUCUUUAGUCAGGCACGCACGGUGGUAGCUGUGGUGAUGGACAUAUUCACUGACAUGGAGCUCCUAUGUGACCUCAUGGAGGCCUCUAGUAGGCGUGGUGUCCCCGUUUACCUUCUCCUGGCUCAGGAGCACCUGAGGCACUUCCUGGAGAUGUGCUACAAGAUGGACCUCAAUGGAGGGCACCUGCCGAACAUGCGUGUGCGAAGCACCUGUGGGGACACAUACUGCAGCAAGGCAGGCCGCCGCUUCACCGGGCAGGCCUUGGAGAAGUUCGUCAUCAUCGACUGUGAGCAGGUGGUGGCGGGCAGCUACAGCUUCACCUGGCUUUGCAGCCAGGCCCACACUAGCAUGGUCCUGCAGCUGAGGGGAUGCAUCGUGGAAGACUUUGACCGGGAGUUCCGCUGUCUGUAUGCUGAGUCACAGCCUGUGGAGGGCUUCUGCGGCGGUGAGGAUCCCAGGGCACUGUGCCCUCCCCCAGUGGCCCGGGCCUUCAGGCCUGGUAUCCUAAGUCCUAUGUCCUCAUCACCAUCCAGCACCAGCCUCAGCAGCAUCAAGCGCUCCCCUCUCAUGGGCUGUUCUUCCUACCUCACUCUACCAGGAGGCGGUGGCCGCAGUGACACGGGUAUGGGGUCCUCAUCCCCAGGCCCUGCUCGUCGUGAGGCCAGUGGCCAACCCUUCCUGCAACGUCAGCUGUCAGAUCCUAACCAUGGCUCCCCACCAGGACCCUACAGGGCCAACCUGGGCAAGUUGGGGGCAUCCCCAUGGUCCCAGUCUUCCCCUGCCCUUAACCACAACAGAAACAGCCCCUUGACCCGGACAGUAGGGUCACCUCUGCUUGCUCCCCCACGCCCCUUCCUCUCCUUCCCCCGGGGUGUCCCAGUCCUGUCCCGGCUCCCAGAGAAUGAGCUCCCAGGAAGCCAGGAACCUAGCCCCCCACGAGGCCGCUGGGUACAUGGCACAGCUCUGGAGACAGUGGAGGAGAAGAAGGUGUCUCUGAGUCAGAGCCAUGGCCAGGUGGAUCGCCUCGCCCCCUUCCCCGGAGCCCGAGAAGCAGGAGGCCCUGAUUCUGGGGUAACUCCCAACUCAGGCUCCCUUUGGCCUAGAGAGCAGACCUCAGGGGACAGGAAGUUGUCCUCAAACCAGAGAUACAACCAGUUGGAUCUCCUGCCCCGGGCCCAGAGUGCUGGGGGUGCCCCUGAGUCAGGUUCUCCCAGACCUGGCGAUAGGACCCCAGAGGACAAGAGACUGUCUUCAAACCACAGCCAUGGCCAACUGGACCUCUUGAUACAGCACCCCAUGGCUAGGGGCUCCAGAGCGUCCCCUGAAGCCAAGUCCUCAGCCAGGGCUGGCAAGCAGAGUCCAGAUGAGCGACGGCAGACCCUGGGCCACAGCCAGCUGGACCUCAUCACAAAGUUUGGCCCAUUCCGGGGUGAGGGGCCUGGGCCCAAUGGUCUCCCUGGACCAGGCCCUGCCCGCAAGCCUGGAGUGGGCUCUGAGGAUGAGAAGCGGCUGACUCUGGGCCACAGCAAGCUGGACCUCAUCACCAAGUAUCAUCAAUUGCAGGGUGCCAGGCAGGGAACUGAGCCUGGCCUUCCUGGGGGCCCCACAGGUGGCCAGCACAAUGGCAGUAGCAAUGGACCAUCUGGGGAUGAGAAACGGUUGACCUUGGGCCACAGCAAACUGGACCUCAUCACUAAGUACAACAAGUCCAAGUUCAAGCUGCUCCGAAGCCGCUUUGAGUCCUAGUCUUGCUCCCCGCAGAGAAACAUUCCUCCUCCAUCUGCUGAGACUAUAGGUUUGCUCUGGGUGGGAGAUCAGGCAGGGGAUGCGUGGGGAGGAGAGGGUGUCUAGAAGUCCAGUUUAGAUACUCCCUGGGCUCAGGAUGCUUGCUUACACACACACAUACACACAUACAUGGGAAAAUGGAACCCAUAAUGUCAUUUGCCACUGUGUUGGGCACUUCACAUGGUUACUUCUCAUCCUUUAUCUUCAUAACAUCCUACAAGGUAGCCCUCUAGUAGAUAUACAAUUCUAGGAUCUUAGGUGUUAUCUUCCCUAUUUUAUAAAUGUGGAAGCUGAGGCCCAGAGAGUUGGAUAACUUGCUUGGAAUCAGGUCUAAGUAAAUGGCAGAGUAGGAGCCGUGUGUCUCUGACUCUUAAGAUUGUGUUUUUGCACAGACAUGACACAUGAUAUCGACAGUUCAUACGUCCCCAUGCACACAAAAUACGCACAUCAUAGAGAUGCCCCAAAUGCCUGUAUAAUAUACAUAACACACUCACAGUGUUCACACCCACAACUGCACACCCACAAACACAAUAAAUGUCAUUUGGCUAAAUGAAUGGCUACAUAAAAUAUAUGCAUUCAGUCACAUUGUAGAUCCCUCAAGAUCCACAGACCAUAAAUAUGCACUAAACACACAGACACACACACACACACACACAGACACACACACACACACACACACACACACACAGCACAUACCAACUAGUAUUUUCUUGUACCUAAGCUGUGUACCCUGCCCUGCUGGGGAUGACAUAGGGCUGACAAAUAAAUCAGACACAGUCCCUGGAUUAAAUGCAUAAACCACUGGCCAGCAAAACAAGGCUGUAUCUAAUUAAAGGCUAACCAGUGACAGAGUGUGGUAAGGAAUGAAGGGCAGAGAGUUGUGGUGAUGGUGGAGUCAUAAGGAGUUUCUUAGAAGAGGCAGCCUUUGAGCCAGGCUUUGAAGAAUGGGGAGGAUUUGGACAGAGAGAAGAGAGGGUUUAGAAAUUCCUGGUAGAGGGAAUCAGGUGAAGAGAGACCAGGGAGGGGAACGACAGAGUGGGUCUGAGAGGAACUGGGGAGUAUACAGAGGAUAUGUAUACCCAGACUCUGACACACACACACACACACACACACACACACACACACACACACACACAUGCACACACUUUUGCUGAGUGUUCCUUGAAGCACAGGCUCUGACAAGUUGUGGGUCCUUUUUCUGAGCUCACCCCCUGCCAGGAAUAGUAUUAUACAUGAUAGAAAUGAAUAAAAGCAGACAUGUUAUGACUCA